AUAAUUAGUUAAAUAUUUCUAGUUACAUAUAUUUUAAUUUGUUUUUGAGCCCACAUCGUCAUAGAAAAGUAUAGCUUUUAGUGGCAUAUACCAUAAAUUGUGUAUCACAUUAAUGUGUAUACUUUUUAGUCAUGAAUAAGCAGAGUUAAUAAAUCCAUUUUGGUUCAGAUAAUAUAAUAUUGUUUACUAUGAUUAGUAAUUGAUAAGGAGCAGUUUUCAUAAAAAAACGAAAAACAUGAAAGUGUAUUGUUUAAGUGAAGAUCCUAAUAAGCCAUGUUUUAUAAUCAAACUAAAAUCUGUUACAAUUAUGUUGGAUUGUGGACUUUCUUCCCAUAGUGUCUUGAACUUUUUACCAUUAUUUCCCAUUCCCGAUUGGAAGCCAACAAAAGCAACAUCAUGGAUACCUAAGAAUUUUUCUGAUCCUCAAAUUGAAGGGGAAUUAAAUGAAUGCAUGACAAAUCAAGUACUUGUAAAUUCAGCUCCUGAAUUUAUGAUACCACUCACUAAGCUGAUAGAUUUUUCAGAGAUUGAUGUAAUACUAGUUUCUAACUAUAUGACAAUGUUAGCUUUACCAUUUAUCACUGAAGAUACCGGAUUCAAAGGUGUUAUUUACAUGACCGAACCGACAUUGCACAUAGGAAAAAUAUUCCUUGAAGAAUUGGUAGACUUUGUUGAACAAUGUCCUAAACCAAAUGUAGCAAAAUAUUGGAAAGAAAUACUACAUUUAUUACCACCACCAUUAUGUAGUAGUUUUAAACCUCACACUUGGAAACAGUUAUAUAGUUUAUCACAAAUUCAUUCAUGUUUAAAAAGAGUUCAAAUGAUUAGUUAUGAUCAAAAAAUUGAAAUCACUGGUACAUUAACUGUAACUGCUGUAAGUUCUGGGUAUUGUUUAGGUAGUAGUAAUUGGGUAAUAUAUUUAGAGAGUAAAAAAAUUGUCUAUGUAAGUAACACAUCAACAUUAACAACUCACCCGAGACCUAUGGAUCAACUUAAUUUAAAAAAUGCUGAUGUCAUGUUAUUAAGUAGUUUAACUCAAGCACCAGCUGCCAAUCCAGAUGCAAUGCUUGGUGAAUUGUGUUUGUCUGUUGCUGUUACACUUAGAAAUAAUGGUUCUGUACUUAUUCCAUGUUACCCAUCAGGAGUUGUUUAUGACUUAUUUGAAUGCUUAUCAUCUCAUUUAGAUAGUACAGCUUUAGGACACAUCCCAAUGUAUUUUAUUUCACCUGUUGCUCAUAGUUCAUUAGAAUAUUCAAAUAUUCUUGCUGAAUGGUUAUCACAAUCUAAACAAAACAAGGUGUAUUUUCCUGAAGAACCAUUUCCUCAUGCGCAAUUAGUAAAAUCGGGUCGUCUGAAACAUUUUAAGCAUGUUUAUACGGAUGAUUUAUGGAAUGAUCUAAGACAGCCUUGUGUUGUUUUUUGUGGUCAUCCUAGUUUACGUUUUGGAGAUGUUGUCCAUUUUGUUGAAUAUUGGGGAACUAAUCCUCUAAACACUAUAAUUUUUACAGAACCUGAGUUCCCAUAUAUGGAAGCUUUAGCUCCAUUUCAACCUUUAUCUAUGAAAGCUAUGCAUUGUCCAAUCGACACAAGUAUGAACUUCACUCAAGCUAAUAAAAUGAUAAAAGAUCUUAAACCUACAGUGUUAAUUCUCCCUGAAUGCUAUACUAUUCUACCAGCAAAUAUUGGCCACAAAAAUGAAUUUGUAAUUGAUCAAGCAGAUCGUAAAGUUGUAACUAUCAAAAGAGGAGAAGUAAUUUCAGAAAAAUUAGAUAUAAAAUCAAUUAAUGUACCUUUUAGUACAGAAAUGGUUGUAAGUGUCACAUUAAAUGAAAUACAUUCUGGACUAAAAGCAUCCAAGUUUACAGCUGUAUUAGAUACCAAAGAUAAUAAAUAUAAAUUAGAUAUAUUGAGAGAUGAAUUAUUGGAGACUAAAUCUAAUGAACCAUAUUGGUUAGAAACGCUCUUCAAAAAAUCUUAUGAAUGGGGGCAAUUAGACAUAGAUAAAUUUUUAAGGUCAUUAACAAAUGAAGGAAUUAAUGAUCCUAAAAUUGAGCAUAAUGCUCAUGGGUAUACAAUACAUCUUAAAUCUGAAGACACUUUGAUACAAGUUGAUGAAAAAUCAACCCACAUAUUUUGUGAAAAAAUGGAUAAGGACUGGCGCUUGAAACUACGGAAUAUAGUCAUUGAUAGUCUUCAAUCAUUUUAAAUAAAAAUUGUUUUUAUUUACAAUACUAAACAAUUAUUUUUUCAAAAAAUAUAUUUAAGUAUUCCUAGACUAAGAUAUUUAUUUUACUUAAAUAAAACUAAUUAGAAAUAAGUUCAA